AUUUGAAAAUAAAAUCAAUUUCCCUCUAAAAUAUUUGGAUCAAAAUUGAGGGAAAAAAUUCAUAAACAGAGUUAAGCAUACGUAAUCGCAGAGGCGGCAGUGGCGAGAUCAAUUGAAUUUUCAAUCGAGUUAAUUAGCUAUGAACGGUGGAGGCGCGGGCGAUGCGCCGGCGGAGCUGCACAAGCAAACCCUAAAAGAAGGGGAGAGGAUUUUGGCGCCCACGCGCCGCCCCGACGGAACCCUACGCAAGCCUAUUCGCAUACGCGCGGGCCAUACGCCCCAGGAUGAAGUUCCAAUCUACAAAUCCAAAGGCUCAAUGUGGAAGGAGGAGAUGUCGACGAUGCAGGAGGUGCCGCCGGGAUAUGAGCCGGCGGCGGAAGCGAAACCUAAGUCGAAAUCAGCUAAGAGGAAUGAGAGGAAGAAAGAGAAGCGUCAGCAGGCUGCUCUUAACAAGGAUUCAGAUCAAGAUGAAGUUCUGUCUGCUGAUAAUUCCAAGGAUUUGCCAGAAGAUUUGGAGUCAACUUCAUCAAAGAUGAGCUCGCUCUCCCUUUCUGAAAGUGCCUCGUCAGUUGCACCAUCUACAGGCUCAACCCAGUCUUCGAAUUCAGAAGAUCAAGUUCAAGAUAUUGAUAAGAAGAUUCGAGCUCUAAAAAAGAAGAUUCGGCUGACUGAAGCCCAGCAGCAAAAAACGCACGAGGCAGACAUGACACAGGAACAGUUGGAGAAGUUAGCCAAGUUAGAAGGUUGGCAGAACGAGUUGAAGCUCUUAGAAGAUAAGAAAUCCCAACUAUGAGCAUCCGAUUUCUUAAUGUGAUUGUGCCAAACUAGCUAAUUUAUGAAAAUCUCAUUUAUGUUGUGAUGCGAUUGUAUCAGAGAGAGGGAGAGAGAGAGAGAGAGAGGAAUUGAACUCUGCAGAUGUAGCUGGUAUCAUAUUUGUUAGAGUGAGAGUGAAACUGGCUUUUUCAUUUUCAGUGAGGAUUCUGAUUUUAGUUAUUUGUUUCAUGAUGAACAUUUCUUUCUUCCGGUGGUGAUUUUGUCAAAAUUUAAUCAAGUUA